AUGCCCUGUGUUCAGGCUCAGUAUGGGUCGUCGCCACAAGGAGCCAGCCCAGCUUCCCAGAGCUACAAUUACCACUCAUCAGGAGAAUACAGCUCCGAUUUCUUAACUCCAGAGUUUGUCAAGUUUAGCAUGGACCUGACCAACACUGAAAUCACUGCCACCACUUCUCUCCCCAGCUUUAGUACCUUUAUGGAUAACUACAACUCCAGCUACGACGUCAAGCCACCUUGCUUGUACCAAAUGCCAGUUCCUGGGCAGCAGUCCUCCAUAAAAGUGGAAGAUAUUCAGAUGCACGGCUACCAACAGCACAGCCACCUGGCCCCCCAAUCAGAGGAGAUGAUGGCACAUUCAGGCUCAGUCUACUACAAGCCUUCUUCACCCCCAACCUCCAACACCCCAGGCUUCCCAGUCCAGCACAGUCCAAUGUGGGAUGAUCCUGGGAGCCUUCACAGCUUCCACCAGAACUAUGUGGCCACCAGCCACAUGUUAGACCAGAGGAAAGGUCCUGUCUCCAGACUGUCCUUGUUCUCUUUCAAGCAGUCCCCUCCUGGGACCCCGGUGUCUAGUUGUCAAAUGAGGUUUGAUGGCCACCACAUCUCCAUGAACGCCGAGACCUCUGGUGUCCACCAUGUGGUGGAUGGACAGACUUUUGCAGUUCCUAACCCCAUCAGGAAACAGGCGGCCAUGGGCUUCCCUGGACUUCAGCUUGGCCAUGCCUCCCAGCUCAUAGAUAGCCAGGUCCCUUCACCCCCUUCCAGGGGGUCCCCAUCUAACGAGGGGCUCUGUGCUGUGUGUGGAGACAAUGCUGCUUGCCAACACUAUGGAGUUCGCACGUGUGAAGGGUGCAAAGGGUUCUUCAAGCGCACUGUCCAGAAAAAUGCCAAAUAUGUUUGUUUAGCCAAUAAAAACUGCCCGGUGGACAAAAGGCGGAGGAAUAGAUGUCAGUAUUGCCGCUUCCAGAAGUGCCUAGUUGUUGGCAUGGUCAAAGAAGUGGUCCGCACAGACAGUUUGAAAGGUCGGAGGGGUCGCUUGCCAUCCAAGCCCAAGAGCCCUCAGGAGCCGUCGCCCCCCAGCCCCCCGGUGAGUUUGAUCAGUGCCCUAGUGAGAGCCCACGUCGAUUCCAAUCCGGCAGUCAGCAGCCUGGACUAUUCCAGGUUUCAAGCUAAUCCAGACUUCCAGUUGAAUGGAGAUGACACUCAACAUAUACAACAGUUUUAUGAUUUGCUGACCGGUUCUAUGGAGAUCAUCAGAGGAUGGGCUGAGAAGAUCCCAGGCUUCUCUGAGCUCCACAAGCAGGACCAGGACCUUCUCUUUGAGUCGGCUUUCCUGGAACUCUUCGUCCUGCGGUUAGCAUACAGAUCUAACCCAGCUGAGGGCAAACUCAUCUUCUGUAAUGGGGCAGUGCUGCACAGGUUACAAUGCGUCCGUGGCUUUGGCGAAUGGAUCGACGCCAUUGUCGAAUUCUCCUCCAAUUUACAGAGCAUGAACAUUGACAUUUCAGCCUUUUCCUGUAUUGCUGCUUUGGCCAUGGUGACAGAGAGACACGGGCUUAAGGAACCCAAAAGGGUGGAGGAACUCCAGAACAAAAUCAUCAACUGCCUCAAGGACCACGUGACUUUUAACAAUGGGGGCUUGAACCGCCCCAACUACCUUUCCAAACUUUUGGGGAAAUUGCCUGAGCUCCGCACACUUUGCACACAGGGUCUCCAACGCAUUUUCUACCUAAAACUAGAGGACUUGGUACCACCCCCGGCUAUCAUUGACAAACUUUUCUUGGACACUCUACCUUUUUAA